AGAUUCCAUGGAAACAAUCUGAAAAUAAUAUUUUAUAAGUUAAGGUAAAAUUUACACAAUGUUCCCUAAAAGUGCAGCAGCUAAGAAAGAAGAUCAAGUUAGAUGUUUUUUAUCAAAACAAGACAAGAUGCACAGCCCACCAAAAGAUUCUUCAGUAAGAGAUAACGAGUUAAGGAAAUAUAGAACUACCCUUGGUGAGCAGAAGCCAAUAAAAGGAUUUUCAAAAAGUAUUUCGGUUGAUAGGGAAAACAAUGAGAAAUCGCCUGAAGCACGAAGGAAAUGUGUAAAGAAAGAAGUAGUCGUCUCUAAUGAUGACGAUUUUGAAGGAAAAGAAAAAACUCUCCAGUGGCUUCAGCAGCAUGGAUUUUGUCAAAGUCCUGAAGUUCAAGAAGACACUUUUUGUGAGUACAUCCCGCCGCAGAAGACAAGAGAAAAAAGAAAAACAUUCUCUUCGGUGAAUAUGGUGAAACCACCGGAAGUUUCUUUAAAUUUCCUGGAUAGUAAAAGCCCUGCGUUGAUGGGUAAAAAUUUUAAGUUGGAUAGCCUUAAACAAGAAGUCCCGUCAAACCGUGGUGUGUUAAACCCACCAUUGGUUAUGUCCAACCGAGCUGUUAAUCAUUUAGGGAGCAGUAAAAAAGAACUGCCCAGUCGAAUGAGAUGUCCUGCGAUUCCAAAAGAGGUUAGCCUUCUCAGGAAAAUAAAACAACCAUCGAAAAAAGAGUCAGAAAAAAACAAAACAAAGCCGACUGGAAAAGUUGCAAAGAUUAAAAUGACCAGUCCCGUUGACGAAAUGAAAAACUUUGAUGCCAUAAACAAAAUGGUGAGCAAUAUUGACAAGUCGGUAAGCGACACCCAGCAGGAAAUCUCGUCGAUGGCGAAAAAUAAUAAAAACGGCCAGAUCAACAAGACUUACCAAGAAAUCAUGAAUUCAAUUAGUUCAAUCAAGGCAAGCAUAAGAUCAACACAAGGGUCAUCGUCAUCCCUGGAUCCUUCGACAAGCGUGAAGAAAUCCAAAGAUUUCAUCUCUGAAAAAACAAGUAGCAUCACCAAUCGGCUCAAUCGUAUCAGCGAAUUGAUAAACUUUGCAAAAACUGUCAGGAAAGCUGCUGACGAAGAAUGAAUUAAUUACCUUGUAAUUGUAAAUCCAAAUUAUAAAAAAUAAAUAAUUUUGAAUGUUGCUCUAAA